AUGCGUUGUUUGCUCGCGCCUGACCCAAGGCCUAGAGGUUCAGAUGUGAAGGAGCAGGUGACGCUAUGUGGUCUGACUGUUCCGUGAGAAACGUCCAACCCCUCGGAAAGGUCUUUAUAAGGCUCCUUGUUCUCGAACAGUGCACCUUGCUUGAAGUUAUGUUCAUUUUUAGCCUUCCUGUUAGUCUUUCUUUUUGAGUAUCCAACAUUCUGAACUCCGAAGGAGGCCAAAAAAAACUAGUUUAACUGCUGGACAAGGAGCACUUAAAAGCGCCAAAACCGUGAAGAGGCGGCGAAACGUGAGCAAGUGGCCGAUCGUCUGAGGCGGGGUCGAAGAGCUCCAAGACUCCGCCUCGAACUCGCCUCUUUUCCAGCAGACUCCUCAUUCUGGUGCCUGUUUUCGGGUUCUUGUGCUCUCGUUAUGGAGUUUGCUUCAACAGGAUGGCUUUGACAAUCUUAACUACCUUUCUUCCGAUUCCGAUAGUUCUCCCGGGUCUUGUCCUUGCCUAGUCAAACAGUUUCCGCUGAAAUCCUUAACGAAAAUUGAAAGGAAGCCCUAUUAAUUAUGAGUGGGAUGAAAACUCUCAAUAACAUCUUUUACAAGAAGUUUUGCUUGCCGGUAUUUUUCGUUAAAACAGAGCGGUAUUUCAAAUUGCGUUUCGAUUUUUGACAUUUUAUCAAAGUAAAAGCUUUUCCGCGCCAAAUGUGACAGUCAAAUAUAUAUUUUUUUUUGAUCAAUCUGUUCCAUCUGCAACUCGAAGGGAAAAUUUCAGGAAUAAGAACAAAUUUAUGGUGAUCUCGUAGAUCAGUAAACCAUUUUAAGAAGUCCAAAGCCAUCGUAACAGGCCUCGUCCAUAUCGGAACGAGAAAUUCGAACCAGGCUAUGAUAAGGACUGGAACGAUAUCCGUCUUUUUUUCCUUCUUUGGUUUAUCAUCUCUGUCUAUUCUUUUUAUCUUCUAUCAAGACUCUGCUUUUUUUGCGGGAAAAAAAUGUCUUUCACAAGGAAAUCUGGAAAAUUUUUAUUAAAAAAAUUCUUUUUUUAUUAUUAUUUGAAGUUUAAAAAAACCAAAAAAAUUGCUUGAAAUUUUUGAGGUUAGUACGUUUUGUUUAAAAUAAUUACAAUCUCACGAUUUCGUUCGAUUCAGCAAAAAGAAAGAAGUUAUUUUUCAAUAAAAGAGAACAUUUUUGUGAGUAUUCAAACCUUUGAGAUAAAGUCUCACAAAGUUUUUUUCUAUUUCUUUUUGCUUUUUUUAAAAAAAUUGCUUUGAAAAUUCAGUAAACAAAUUAAGACAUCAGUUCCUCAAAAAUCAAAGCCUGGCGGAAAGUCGUAAUAAUAAUUGAGUCCCCUUUUAAGGUUUUACAAAGAUUAUUUUUCAGAAUAACUCUCUUGAAGAAAAAGGGAUGGCAAAAAAACCUAGAAAUUGGAGUUGACAGCUAUGAUAUCACAGUUUUUUUCCAGUUUUUUUAAUAUCAAAGCGGAAUAUUUUUUUUCUCUUCCAACAGAAGGAAGAAUAAAAAAAGAGCUAAACUGUAGGUUUUUGUUUCGCUUUUCCAAAUAACCUCCCGCGAAAUUGUAAAGAUAUGCGAUAAAUUAAAUAUGACUAAGCUGGUCUGGAAAACGUUUAAAAACUAGAGUUCGAACUCGUGGCUGCUCUUCGGCUACCCUUUCUCGUUUUUUUCCUUUUCAAACUAGCUAUCUGUGAAACUAAUCAGUAAUUUCAAAAACUUCACGAUGUACAGCGAUGUCUCACGUUUUCGAAAAUAAUUGCAAAAAGCAGAAAGGGUUGCGUGUUUCCGUCCUCCACGGAGCAAUUUGUUUCAAAAAUCCUGCUGUACAUAAUUAAAAAGAAAUUGGCGUCACACGUUUCUUAAAUUCGUGUCAAAACUGCGGGGGCAUUUUUAAUCACCUUGUUCAUCGGAGUUACAUGGCCAAAUAGGUUGGUUCAUAAACUCUGAAGAAUCGUAAGGUUCCGACUUUUUUUGAUCAUACAUGUUUUCCUUUUCCCAACUGCUUUCUGCGAAUUUUAAUUAUUGUUCUCUCUCAUCGUAAAUAUAACUUUGCAAAAAAAAUUUUCGAAUCGCCUGAAUACUAUCAAAAGACCUUCCAAUAGGAUACUUUGUUGACAGGGUAACCAUCAAACGGAUGUGGGGAGUCGUCGUAGCUACGACCGCCGCCGUUCUUCUGGUAGGCUCAGCGACGGCCAAGCCGCGAGUGCCGUUCGUCAACGAUGCGGCCACUGUGAAGCCUGACGUCAGUCGGACGCCAGGCUUCGAGAAGGCAGCGGCCCUGUUGAAGUCUGCCAUGAACACAUCGGUUCGUUCAUUGUGCAUGGAUUUUGUGACAGAGUGGUUUUAGCUGGAUCCUUGCGACGACUUCUAUCAGUACGCCUGCAGCAGCUGGGUAGCGGCUAACCCUAUUCCAGACGACCUCACUUCGUACAGUCAGUUCACGGCAGCACGUGAGAAGGUGUUGGCCGAGAUGCGAGGUAAGGAUCUCUUAGCACCACCUUGGCAGAGAGCCGUUCUGCAGAACUGUAUGAAGAGCCGUCGAUUCCACGGUCCAAAUCGAUCGGACUCGUCAAGCAGAUUUACCGUGCCUGUGCUGACAUCGAGCGUCACGACUCAGUCGGCGCCCGUGAGAUGCUCGAGAAAAUCAAGGUUUGUUGACUUCUGUCGUGUGUGAGCUUUUUCUUUACAGACCUUCGGAUUCUGGCCAAUGGUUCACAACGAGGAAUGGCACUCCCGUGAGUUUGACUUGACCAAGCUGUUAAUCAACACGAUCAACUCACGAGACGUCUCUGUCUUCUUCGACUGGGGACCAUCUGAGGACUCUCGUGACGUCUCUCGGCGCCUCAUUAAUGCAAGUUCCACUCAAAAAUGUAGAAGUGAGGGAAAUGGAUUGGUGGAAUUUCAAAACUCGUCAAAAAAAACAUUACAUCUUUUUUUCGAAUAAGAAUAUUUUUCUGUACAAGUUUUUAAGAAUUUCAAUGAUCUCUUUGAGGAAAACAAGUAUUUUAGUCUCAAAGACCAGGAAAGAGAACAUUGUGAGCGCAAAUCAAAUUAGAAUUAGGCCAUCACGAGGUACUUUGAAAAUAUUUUCUUCGUUUGCUGACAUUAACUACGAACUUUGCAAUUAAUUUUUUUUGUUAUUACAGUUCGACCAGGGAUCUUUGGGUUUGGGAUACUCCACUCGGGAUUAUUAUUUGGACAAUAAGAAGUACUCCAAGCAACUCAAGGCCUAUCGCAAAUAUACCAUCGGAAAGGUUUUCUCGAAGUCUUGGACAAAAUAAAGAUGAUUAUCUUCGAGGUGCGAUACUAUACACAGGACGCCGGCCUGUCCGUCAAUGAGACCAAGAUUGCUUCCGACGUCGACGAGAUCAUCGACUUCGAGACGCGGUGGGCCAACGUUCUCGUUGCCGAAGAGGACCGAAGAAAUUUCACCGCCAUGUAUAACCUCAUGCACCUCAACGACAUCAAGGAACUCGUACCAAUCGUCAGUCUUUCAUAACACUUCAACUCUCAAAUUUCAACUCGUAGACAAGAGAAAAAAAUACUUUUUAGCUGGACUGGGACCGUCUAUUUCUCUCUACUACGCCAUUCUCAAUUCAUCACUACGUCAAGUCCAACCCAGAGAUCAUUGUCUCUGAUGUCAAAUACCUCAAAAGGUUUUCUCAUAUCAUUUUUUUGAAUGGAAGCCACAAGAAUGUGAACUGUACUGACGAAAAAUUUAAAAAAAGGCAGAAUUUUUAUGGAGGAAAGUUGAAAGCCCAGUUAUUCUAAUAAAAAUUGUAGAUCCGGCUCUUCAAGAUAACUUUUCUAAUCUGAAAAAAAAUAUCAAAUAGAUUCAUAAAAAAUGGUUUUACUUAAAUCAUAAAACAUUUGAAUUAUUCUCUCCUGGUCCUUUUCUCAUCUUAAACAUCUCUAAUCGGCUUUGCAGCAUGACAAAGUUGUUACAAGAGACGGAACCAAGAAUCAUCGCCAACUACGUCAUGCUCCGUUACGCGGCGCAGUGGAUGAACGAGAUCGGAACUAAGUACGAGGACUUGCAACAGGUGACUCGGAGUCCUUGGAAGGUAUACAAGAGAUGAUUUCAGGACUUUGCGUUUGAGAUGUAUGGCCGCAAGCAAAGGCAACCCAAGUGGAAGGAGUGUGUUGGAGCAGCAGGAGGCAGACUUGGCUACGCCAGUGGCGCCAUGUACGUUCGGAAAUUCUUCAACAAAGAAGCUCGAACAAGCACCUUGGACAUGAUAUCAGACAUCCAAGAGGCCUUCAAGAUUAUGAUGCAUGCCAACGACUGGAUGGACGGCGAGACUAAAAAGGUUUGGCACAUAAAGUCAGCUAGGAACCUUCUCUUUUCUUCCAGUAUGCCCUUCUGAAGGCCGAAGAAAUGAUCAAGCAAAUCGGAUACCCCGACUUCAUCAUGAAUGACGAGCGCCUUGACAAUUGGUACAAAGGGGUAAGUUGACAAAAAUAUCUUGAAGCGUUCGAACAAACUCUUACACCAAUCACGAUUCAAAAGAUUAAAACUGUUUAAUCUGAAACUUUCAACUUUUUAAAGGUUUUAUUCAAAAAAAAAAGCUGAAACUGCCUAUCGGAGAAUAAAUGAGUAUCAAAGAAGUUCAUAAGACAUUUAGUGGGACAUUCAAUGAAGAAUUAUGUAGAGAUUUUAUGUAGAACUUACACCAAAUGUUUGCAAAAGGAGCUCGAAUGCAGCUACAAAACGACUUAGUAUGGACAAACCCAAAAAAGCCCUAUUAUGGUCAUUUUCUGGUUGGAGUUUCGAGAUAAGCGAAAAUAACGCCUUUCAGCUGGAUGGCGUGGAAGGCGAGUCGUACAGCUCGUUGAACGAGAAGACGACGCGUUGGCGUAGCGACUUUGUUUACCGCCGGCUUCUGGAGCCUGUCGAUCGCGACGAAUUCGUCACCUCCGCCGCCACUGUUAACGCCUUCUAUUCGCCAACAAAAAAUGCCAUUGCUUUUCCUGCGGCCAUUCUCCAGCCACCAUUCUUCGACGCUUCGUUCCCGAAGUGAGUUACAACAUACUAAUACCGCCAUCAACCUGGAACAAGUCCAGAGCUCUCAACUACGGAAGCAUCGGUGCGGUCAUCGGUCACGAGAUCACACAUGGCUUCGACGACACUGGCCGACAGUUUGACCAGAUCGGAAACCUUCGCGACUGGUGGGACAACACCACUACCACCAAGUUCACCGAACGCGCUCAGUGCAUCAUCGAUCAAUACCAGAGCGUCGAGGUGACUUUGCCUUAUUCUCGGGCCCUCAUCCAUUUUUCUUCUGCAGAUCGCAGGUACUGGCUUGAGCAUCAACGGCAAACUCACUCAGGGCGAGAACAUCGCAGACAAUGGCGGAGUCAAGCAGGCUUUCAAGGUGGGACCAUUUUUUUGUAAUUUAUAGCUACAAUCACUUACAGGCCUACAAGAGGUACUUGGAGAAGCAUGGCGCAGAAGCGCGUCUUCCAGGUCUAGAAAACGUUACAAACGAACAACUCUUCUUCUUGGGAUACGCCCAGGUAUCUGAGUUGUGAAGUCGUUUCUAGAUAGUUUUUUAGGUUUGGUGCGGCUCCAAGACAGUGGAAACCAAACAACUGUUGCUUCUCACUGAUCCCCACUCACCUGAAACCGCAAGGUGACCAUUUUGACAGCUCAAAACAAGCGCCAAUUAUUCCAGAGAUUUCACUUAUUGCUUUUCUCCUUGGAUAUCCUCUUAUAAAAAUUUUUUUCAGGGUGAACGUGGUUCUGUCUAAUCAGCCAGAGUUCGCCGAGGCGUUCAAGUGUCCUGCGGGCUCCCCGAUGAAUCCAACUCAACGCUGCGUCGUCUGGUAA